AUCGCCAUGGCUUUACUUGGGCUGCUCGAACAGCUGCCGGCUGAAUUGCUGCUCAUAUGGCACGAGCAUCGGCUUCCUAUUUUGCUCUCAGCGCUGGUUGUAGCGACAAUUGCGCGCCUCGCUAUUUACUCGCGCGACCGGAGAGAGAAGCUAUCCGAGUCACCAGCACCCCUAUCGCCUGUCGAGAAGCAAAAGGUCGAGCUCAAGCCCGAAUGGCUUCCGGAACACACCACAACCAUCAGUCCCCCAGCCCUCAAUGUCGAUAACCAUGCCGAGGACGAUACAGGUGCGGUGGCGGUGGUCGCAAAGGCAAAGAAGGGUCCCAAGACAGUCAAGGGCAGGAAGGUACCGAAGAAGAAUGUUGCACCAGUCCCCACGUACGACCAUACGACAGAUAAGAUACAGCCCUUGGUUUUCUUCCAGUCGCUUUCUGGUACCACAGAGCGCUAUGCUACGCAAUUUGCAAAAACACUUACAGAGUGGACUGCUGGUUGCGACCAAGCCUCUUCCUUCCUAGAGCCUCAGAUCCACGACAUCUCGUACAUCGAACACGACGACUAUUUCGUAAGCCCGCCCAAGACUGACGCCAACGUCAAGCACUUUUACAUCAUCCUCGUGCCGACCUACAACAUCGAUACUGUCUUGGAUAUUUUCAUCGAGGGUCUCCAAGAAACACACAAUGACUUCCGCAUCGACACCGCGCCGCUGAGUGGGUUGCUUGGAUAUUCCGUCUUCGGUUUUGGAGACAGGGAGGGAUGGCCGACUGAAGACGAGGGCUUUUGCAGCCAAGCAAGGGAGGUCGACAAGUGGAUGGCGAGGCUGACAGGCAGAAAGCGAGCAUACCCACUAGGCAUGGCUGAUGUUAAGAGUGAGGCUGAAAAACGGCUGCAAGAAUGGAGGAUUGGUGUUCAAGAGGCCCUGGUCGAGAUUGCUGAAGGACGAGGUCUCGGUGAGGGCGUGCCAGGGAGUGGUGACCCUGCUGAGAGCGACGAGGAAGAUGUGGAUGAUUCGGAGGAUGGAAACGGCCAACGCGUCGACGACGUCGAAGACCUAGGCUCCAUGGUCAACUCCUCGUCGGCACCAAUACCCAUCGACUUCACAACAUACAAGAAAUCUACACCCAAGGCCAAACUCGCUCCAGCUCCAAAGGAGAUGGUCCCAACUACAUCUCCCACUCAUGCCGCGCUCACAAAGCAGGGCUACAGCAUCAUCGGCUCACAUUCUGGUGUCAAGAUUUGCCGAUGGACCAAGUCGGCAUUGCGUGGCCGUGGAUCUUGUUACAAGUACUCCUUCUACGGCAUCGCUUCGCAUCUGUGCAUGGAGGCCACCCCAUCUCUGUCUUGCUCCAACAAAUGUGUCUUUUGUUGGCGACAUGGCACAAACCCCGUUGGCACUACAUGGCGCUGGGUGACGGAUCCCCCUGAAAUGAUCUUCGACGGCAUUACCGCCGCACAUUACAAAAAGAUCAAGAUGAUGAAGGGCGUUCCAGGUGUGCGUGCCGAGCGGUUCAGCGAAGCCAUGCGCAUCCGGCACUGCGCCCUGAGUCUCGUCGGCGAACCCAUUUUCUACCCACACAUCAACCAGCUGCUGGAAAUCAUGCACAAGAACCGCAUCUCAACCUUUCUGGUAUGCAACGCGCAGCACCCCGCACAACUGGCCUCUCUGAUCCCCGUCACCCAACUCUACGUGUCGAUUGACGCCUCCAACAAAGACAGCCUGCGCAAGAUUGACCGGCCGCUCCACCGCGACUUCUGGGAGCGCUUCUGCGCCUGCCUCGAUAUUCUGCGCGCCCGCCGCUUCGAACAGCGCACCGUCUUCCGCCUCACGCUCGUCAAGGGCUUCAACAUGGCCGACGAAGUGCGCGGCUACGCCGACCUCGUCGAGCGCGCCCUCCCCGGCUUCGUAGAGGUAAAAGGCGUAACCUACUGCGGCACCUCGGCCGCCGGCUCCGCGGGCCUCACAAUGCAAAACGUGCCCUUCUACGACGAAGUCGCCGCUUUUGUCACGGAGCUGGAAAAAGAACUCAACAACCGAGGUCUGCAAUACGGGAUUGGCGCCGAGCACGCGCAUUCCUGCUGCGUUCUCCUCGCGGACCGCAACCGCUUUAUGCGCGACGGCCGCUGGGCUACUCGCAUCGACUUUGACCGCUUCUUUGAUCUCUGCGAGGGAAAAGUCCAGGGAUCGAGGGUUGAAAAUGAGAUUGUAGUCGGUUGGCGCCCGGAGGAUUACCUCGGCCACGACACGCCUGAGUGGACGUUGUGGGGGAAUGGCGGGUUUGAUCCCAGAGAUGCGCGCGUGUAUAGGAAGGGGAAGGGACCCAAGGUUGAAGAGGUUAAAGAAGAAGAAGAAGAAGAUGAUGAUGAUGAUGAUGACGAUGAGAAGAAGAUGAUGAAGGGUUCAGCAGCAGCGGCUUUGGAGUUUUAG